CACCGUGUUGUUUAACAAUCCGACAAGAGGGGCGCUAGUCUGAACGCCGCACUUCCGGGACAAUGACGCAAAGAUGAUUUUAGCUGCACCGUAGCAACGAAAACCUUCACCAGGUGAUGGGGCCAGACAGUGCCCCAGGUCCAGCCGUGCCUUGGCGAAAAGUUCUAUGGGAGCGCCAGCCGUUUCCUGAUAACUAUGUGGACCAACGGUUCCUUGAGGAGCUGCGGAGGAAUGUGGGCAUUCGUCAGUACCAUUAUUGGGCUGUCAUGAAGGAGGCAGGCUUGGUAGGACAGCAGCUGUCCUGUGUGGCCAUUUUUAUUGCCCUCUGGCUCUACAUGGAGCAGGGUCUGCUGUCCCCAGAAGCACUGCUGUGGAUCAGCUUACUCUGUGGCCUGCUGGGCUAUGGAGUGUACAAAGCUUUGACACCACAUAUAGGAUCGAGCUGUGAACCCUGCACAUAUUUUGCGGACCUACAGAGCACCACCAUUUUCCUUUCCUUUACCUUUGGCUUUUCACCAGUUCUCAAGACACUAACAGAGUCUGUGAGUACGGACACAGUAUAUGCCAUGUCAGCUACGAUGCUCCUGGCCCAUCUGGUUUCAUUCCCUUACACUCAGCCUUCACCCCCAGGUAGCUUGUCCCUAAAUGCAGCCCUGUUUGCCUCUGUGUGCCUGGCUUCAAGGUUGCCUGGUGCUCUGCAUACCUUUGCCAUGCUUAGCUGUGCCCUGCUAGUGUUCGCCCUGUGGCCCUGCCUCCUUCAGAGGAUCAGGGAGAAUGCCCCUGGCCAGUUUACUGGGGUGUGUGUGGGGAUAUGUGUUGGAGGAGUGGUGGGUCUGGGGUCUCAGUGGAUAGGGGGAGCUGUGCUCCUGGCCCUGGCCCUAGGAAGUGUCACCCUGUUUUGUCCCCUGCUGCUGAUCAGACUACAGAGACACAAGGACAACAUCCAUGGACCCUGGGAUGAGGCUGAGAUUCGGGACGAUAUCAGCCACUUCCUACAUUAAUAAACAGGAUGAGAUACAAUGAAGAGCAGAUGCCCCUUUGUUACUUUGACACAAUACAUUUUUAGCAAAUUAAGAAUUAUAAAUGAAUCACUGUACUGCUGGACUAGCAGUUUGCGGUCGUCUAUCCCAGCAAAUGCCAGUUAAUUGUUCACUGGCCAACACCUUGUUGGUUAACUGAGUCCUGUUGCUCAUUUACAGAAAAUGUAAGCAUUUUUAAAAAGCGGGAGCUGCUGCUAUUUAAAAUAUUUAACACUGGAAUCUGUGUGGAGAGUCACAACUUUAGUGCAAUGCUGCCUAACUUUGCGGAGUAAGCUUUGAUACUGUGGUCUGACUGUAUGAUCAAAACUGCUUUUUUCCAGAAAUAUGGGAGAAAUACUUAAUGUUUUUCAUCAAUAAUGUUUACUGACAUGUUUUGAUCAUUAACAAGGGCUCUAACUCAGUGUAAUAUUCUGACAGUAUCGUACAAAUACUAUAAUGAGAUAUUGCAAUU